AUGGCCGAACCGUCGUUAGACAUAAUCUACUACAAUAUGGCUCAAUCUAACACAAAAAACAAAAUUGAGAAACAGAUGGAGAACGAGGUCUUUGAGGUGGAUCCCUACGUCAGAAGGACUAGCAUCCACCGGACACCACCACAGCCCAGGCGGGCCACCACCUUGGAGGUGCAGACGAAGGACCCGGCGCCUGUCCAGACGCCACUCAUCCUUAUCGACGCAGAGGCGCCGAGAGAGGCUGCGCAGAAGGGGGCGUUCGAGCUGAAGGGAGCGAUCCCGAAAGCUAGGAGAGAGGGAGCAAGGACGAUGAGCUGCCCCGGAGAGGUGACCACCCGAAACGUGCAGGAGGUAAGCGAGAGGGAAUCGCUGAAGGACCUGAUUACCCUUAUUGAGGGCAUGAAGGCCUUCACGGUGGCCCACAAGAAUACCCACGUCGCCCACAGAGAGGACGUGGCUAAGGCAGCCAUAAUCAUUAGGCGAGUCAAGCGUGCCUGGAACAGGAUGGAGGAGGAGUGUGCCGGAACCAGAGUACCGCGGGAGACUGGGGACAAGGCCACGCAAACAGGGGCGCAACAGCUGCAGCAGAAACAACAGGAGGCAGCAACAACUAACAAGAGGAAAGAGAUCUCCCCCUCAACUGGAGCCGCGGAAAAGAGGCCGCGCCCAGUAAAGCAGGGAGAGAAACCCUAUCAGGAGGGCUGGAGCGAGGUGGUCAAGCGGGGCCGCCGCACGGCAGCCGCCACAACGCCUGCAGCGCCAGUGGCGCCAACCAAGAACACGGCCGCGGCCCCCGCCAAGACGGAUGGGGGGAAAAACUACGCGGAUGUCCUCAAGAAGGUAAGGGGCCAGGUGGACCCCGACAAGGUUGGUGCCUCCAUUACGGCAGUUAGGAGGACCAGAGGCGGGGACGUCCUUCUCGAGCUCAAGGGCUCAGGCGGGGCACAGGCCCUGAAGGAGGCCGUCGCAAUGGCCCUGGGUGACCGGGCUAAAGUGACGACGCUGGAGCCGGCUAUGACCAUCGAUGUCCGGGAUCUCGAUGAAAUCACGACGGCAGAGGAGACCAGGGCGGCCCUCAGCAGCGCCCUGAAAGCACCAUUGGAGGGAGAGAUCAGGCUGAGGAGCGGCGUCCGGGGCACGCAGACCGCGCUUAUGCGUAUCCCAGAGCGGACUGCCCGGAAGCUACUGGCGAUAGGUAAGGUCAAGAUCGGCUGGACCGCCUGCCGGAUCCGUGAGAGGAUCAUGGUGGACAGGGCACAAGGAGAAGGACUGCAAGAGGUCCAGUCCUCGGUGCAUCGUCUGCACAAAUGGUGGCGCAAGGGCCGACCAUUUCGCCGGGAGCGGUCAGUGCAGGGCUUUCAGGGUAGAGCUGCAGAAGGCCAAGGACCGGCGGAACGGGAGGGCCAUCGAGAGGGAGUCCCCUCCAGCGACAACGCGGGCAGCAAGAGCGACCGGGGUGGAGCCGAUAAUGCUCUCCCCCACAAACCAUGGAGUGACCUUCAGACGGAGGCUCGAUUCCUUCCCGAAAUGGCAGGAGUAAGGGGAGACAACGCAGGAUCCGGGGACAGGCCUGGGGUAGUAAUACUCCAGGUAAAUCUAAACCGGAGCCGCGCCGCCCAGGACCUGCUGACCCAGACCGCCGCUGCGCACGGUGCCGGGAUACUGAUAGUCUCGGAGCCCAGCGGCGCGGGAACGCAGGGGAACUGGAUGGUGGACCGGCGGGGGGACGCGGCGAUACUAGCGACGAACAACAUCCCUGGCACCCUCACGCUGGAGGGAAGAGGGGAGGGGUUCGUCUGGGCGAGAACGAGUGGCUUAACCAUCUACAGCUGCUAUUUCUCGCCCAACGUCGCGCCCAUCGACUUCGAGGCCCAGCUGGAUCGCCUGAAGGCCAGCAUCCGGACAGCGAGUGGCAGGAUCAUCGUGGCUGGGGACUUCAACGCGAAGUCCCCGAGCUGGGGGUCCUCGAAGCUGGACCCGAGGGGCCAGGCCGUUGUUGAAUUCUUGGCAAGGCUCGACCUCCACCCCGUCAACGAAGGCGGCGCACCGACAUGGCAGAGGGUGAGUACUGGCUCCGGCUCAGUUAUAGACAUCACGGCAGGUAGCCUGGAGGUAGCGGCUGAGUUUCAAGGGUGGAGGGUCCUGGAGGACGAAACCCUCAGUGACCACCGCUGCAUCGCUAUGAGAUGGCUGCCUGCCAAGCCUGGUAAACCACUAGGGAAGGGGUUUGAUGGCGGGUGGGCCGUCCAUAGAUCAGACAAGGAGGCCAUGAUGACCUGCCUCCGCAAAGAAAAGGAGGAGCAGGCAGACAACCCGGCUGACUCGGAGGUUGACAGGCUCAUGAACACCUUGACCAAAGCGUGCGAUGCGGGAGUGCCGAGGAGAAGACCCCCUCGAGGCAGGACCGCCGCACAUUGGUGGAACGAGAGGAUCGCAGCGCUCAGGCGGGAUUGCGUCAGGGCCAGGCGGCUGGCGCAGAGAGCCAGGGCUAGGGGUGGUGACUCGCAGAACGACCAGGCAACAGCGUACCGGCUAGCCAAGAAGGCCCUGAGGACGGAAAUCAAGGCCACCAAGGCCCGAUGCUGGGAGAAACUACUUCAAACCGUCGACGGGGACCCGUAG